AGAGGAAUCUUCAAAGGAACAUGCAAUCGUGGAAGUCAAAACGGAGCCUUAUAACGUUGCAAUCUUGACUGGACAGGACCAAAUGGGACGCAAGUGUGAUUCAACAUCAGAAGGAGUGACAUCUGGGACGUGUCCUAUUAAGGAAGAACCUCGAGAGGAAUCUUCAAAUGAAGAUCCAAUCAUAGAAGUGAAAACAGAGGCUUACAAUGUUCCAGUCUUGGCAGAAGAGGAACAGAUGGGCUGUGACCCGACAUCAGAAGAGUUCUUCCAGAGCACAGACCUGCAGCAUCACAAGAGGACCCGCACAAGCCAGAAGCCAUACAAGUGUGAUGUCUGCCCUGCAGAGUUCUGCCGGGUCUCGAAUCUACGGGAUCACGGGCGAGAAGCCACACAAGUGUGAUGUCUGCACUGCAGAGUUCCGCUGGAUGUCGGAUCUACGGGAUCACAAGCGGACGCACACGGGCGAGAAGCCACACAAGUGUGAUGUCUGCCCUGCAGAGUUCUGCCGGAUCUCGGAUCUACGGGAACACAAGCGGAGACACACGGGUGAGAAGUCACACAAGUGUGAUGUCUGCCCUGCCGAGUUCUACCGGCUCUGGAAUCUACGGGAACACAAGCGGACACACACGGGCGAGAAGCCAUACAAGUGCGACCUCUGUCCUGCAGAGUUCAGCUGGAGCCGGGGCCUACUGCAUCACAAGCGGACACAUAUGAGUGAGAAGCCAUACAAGUGUGAUGUCUGCCCUGCGGAGUUCAGGCACAGUGUACGUCUAAAGGUUCAUAAGCGGACACACACGGGUGAGAAGCCAUACAAGUGCAAUGCCUGUGCUGCAGCGUUCAGCCGGAAUGACUGCCUACAGCAGCACAAGCAGACACACACGGGUGAGAAGCCGUACAAGUGCGAUGUCUGCCUUGCAGAGUUCAGCCAGACCAGGUACCUUAAGCAUCACAAGCGGACACACAUGGGAGCAACAGUUGGUAUGUGUGACAUUAAAGAAGAACCUCGGGAGGAAUCUUCACAGGAAGAUCCAAACAUAGAAGUGAAAACAGAGGCUUACAAUGUUGUGCUUUUGGAAGGACAGGAACCAAUGGGACACAGAUGCGACCCAACAUCAGAAGGAGCAACACUUGGGAUGUGUCACAUUAAAGAGGAACAUCAAGAGAACUCUUCGAAUGAACAUCAAAUUGUACAAGUGAAGACGGAGCCUUACAAUGUUGCACUCUUGGCAGAGAAGGACCAGAUGGGACACAGCUGUCUGUCAGCAUCAGAGGGAGCAAGAGGAAGCACUGGUUUGCUCCACAUUAACGACCAGCCCAGAGGCACUUGUGAUCAAGCAUCUUCUGGUUGCACUUCUUCAGAGGCACAGUUCAAUAUCAGCACAAUAACCGUUGAAGCGCAGUUCGACAGCACUUCACCAGUCCCUAUGGACAGUCCUCCCAUGGAGCAACCUCGAGACCAGAGCAAGCCAUGUGCACUUGCGUGCACGUCGAAAGACAGCCGGAGACGUCACGUGCUUGCACAGUGUCACAAUGAGUCUGAAAAGUGUCCAGCUACUCCAUCAGGGGAUCAGAUGGGAGAGGAGGGUUUUAGGUACGACAUCUGUCCCUCUGCAUUCUUGCCGUCUGGCAGUGACACGAGUCACGUGUCAAAGCGUACUGACGAGGAGUCAUGCAAGUCCGACCACUGUCCUGCACAGUUCCACCAGAGGAGGAGUCUGCGGUGUCACAUGCAAACGCACAUGAACCAGCAGUUGUACAAGAAUGAUACCUGCCCUGCGAAGUUCAGCCGUAUUGUGCACCGGCGGCUUCGCAAGCGAGCACACACUCGCGAAAAACUAUACAAGUGUGAUGCCUGCCCGGCAGAGUUCAGCCGGACCUGGCACCUACAGCGUCACAAGCGGACACACAGGGGUGAGAAACCGAAUAAGUGCGAUCUCUGUCCCGCUGAGUUCAGCCAGAGCAAGAGCCUGUUGGAUCACAAACUGACACACAUGGGCGAGAAAACACAGAAGUUCAAUGUUUGCCCUGCGGAGUUCGGUCGGAGAAGGAGCUUUCAGAAGCACAAGUGGACACACACGAGCAAGAAGCCAUACAAGUGCGAUGCCUGCCCAGCGAAGUUCAGCCAUAACGAACAUCUCCAGCGUCACAAGCGGACACACACCGGCGAGAAACCAUACAAGUGCGAUGCCUGCCCAGCGGCGUUCAGUGAGAGAGGGAACCUACAGCAGCACAAGCGGACACACACGGGCGAGAAGCCAUACAAGUGCGAUGUCUGCCAAGCGAAGUUCAGCCAGAGCGGGCACCUACAGCGUCACAAGCAGACACACAAAGGCCAGAAACCAUAUAAGUGCGAUCUCUGUCCUGCUGGGUUCAGCAAGAGUAAGAGCCUGUCAGAUCACAAACUGACGCACACGGGCGAGAAGCCAAACCAGUGCGAUGCCUGCCCAGCGAAGUUCAGCCAUAACGAACAUCUCCAGCGUCACAAGAGGACACACACCAGCCAGAAACCAUACAAGUGCGAUGUCUGCCCAGCGGCGUUCAGUGAGAGAGGGAACCUGCAGCAGCACAAGCGGACACACACGGGCGAGAAACCAUACAAGUGCGAUGUCUGCCCAGCAAAGUUCAGCCAGAGCGGGCACCUACAGCGUCACAAGCGGACACACAGGGGCGAGAAACCGUACAAGUGCGAUCUCUGUCCUGCUGGGUUCAGCCAGAGCAAGAGCCUGUCGUAUCACAAACUGAUGCACACAGGCAAGAAAAUAUCAAAGUGCAGUGUUUCUGCUGCGGAGUUCGGUCAGAGAGGGAACUUACAGCAGCACAAGCUGACACACACGGGCAAGAAGCCAUACAAGUGCGAUGCCUGCCCAGCGAAGUUCAGCCAUAAUGAGCAUCUCCAGCGUCACAAGCGGACACACACCGGCGAGAAACCAUACGAGUGCGAUGCCUGCCCAGCGAAGUUCAGUGAGAGAGGGAACCUACAGCAGCACAAGCGGACACACACGGGCGAGAAACCAUACAAGUGCGAUGUCUGCCCAGCAAAAUUCAGCCAGAGCGGGCACCUACAGCGUCACAAGCGGACACACAGGGGCGAGAAACCGUACAAGUGCGAUCUCUGUCCUGCUGAGUUCAGCCAGAACAGGAGCCUGUCGGUUCACAAACUGACACACACGGGCGAGAAAACAUACAAGUGCAAUCUUUGCCCUGCAGAAUUCGGUCAGAGAGGUAACUUGCAGCAGCACAAGCGGACACACACGGGCGAGAAGCCGUACAAGUGCGAUGCCUGCUUGGCGGAGUUCAGCCAGAAAGGACAGCUCCAGCGUCACAAGCGAGCACACACCGUCGAGAAACAAUACAAGUGGGGUGCUUGCCCAGCGGAGUUCAGUGAGAGGAGCCUGCAGCAGCACAAGCGGACACACAUGAGUUCGAAGUCAUACAAGUGCAGUGCCCGCCGUGCUGCGCUCAGCCCGAGGAGGAACCUACGGCAGCGUAAGCGGACACACACGGGCGAGAUGCUAUACAUGUGUGAUGUCUGCCCUGGUAAUUUCAGCCUGAGCAGGAACCUACGGCAGCACAAGCGGGCAUACAAGGGCGAGAAGCCAUAAAAGUACCACGUCUGUCCUGCAGAGUUCAGCCAGAGCAGACACCUACAGAGCCACAAGACAGACAGUCUCGAAGCCAUACAGGAGCAUUCCCUGUUCUGCAAACUUGAGGUAGUGCCAAACCUGCAGCGUUACAGCUGCAUGCAGGUACAUGGGUGUGAAGCCGUACAAAUGCCACUUCUGUUAUUCAGGGAUCAUUCACAGGACCAGCAGGCACGAGCAAGCGAACCAAACAGCUGCUGGCUGAGCAUGAGCUAGUUCAGCCAGAGCAGGAACCUGUGGCUUCACAUGUCUCCACAAGACACUUGAGAUUUGAAACUGUGGAAGUACAGAUGCCAUGCACAGGCGAAAGAAUCCGUCCAAUUAAGUGUCACUUCUGUGCUGUUGUAUGUCCUUCAUGAACACAUGAUGAUGCGCAGGGAGAAAAGGCUAUGCAGAUGCGGUGUAUAUCAUAUCCCAUUUUAUUUCUGCUUUUUUUUCUGGUGGAAUGUUUCAAAACUUGCAUGCAUGAACAAACUGAGGUUCAAAAAUAGUUGGAUUGGAGCUGGAUUUGGUGGUGAUGCCUUGAAGUGUCACGAAACCCAGUGCCGGGGAGACAAACAGACAUGAAAAAGACAUCCUCUCACAGGCUCUGAGCUGCAGAGAACGUUCAUUUCCUUGAGCAACAUGCUCUUAUAUUGCUCCCUUCCCUCUUUUUCUUCCCCUCGUGAUGAAUGCGUAUCUUCUUUAUCGUUGACUACUGAAGCGCGGAAGGAACAUGAACACGAGAGGUAAGGGAAACACAAGCGCUUGUGCUUGUUUUACAUCUCUUCUUCAUACUCCUUUGGCACUUCGUUAAUCAGACCAGGGAUAGUCAUCAAACUAGCCCAGCUAUCUACCAUUGUGCUUCUCUUCAGGCUUCCAUUGUUUUACGCCGUACGUCUCGUCUGUUUGUGAAGUGAACAAAGAAAUCGACGUAAAAAAAUAAAAAAAUGAUUUCCAACCACUUACAUAUACCAACUUGAUACCAAAAUCCCGAGAAUUCCCUUUUGUGUCACGACCAAACUAAAUAAAUGUACACACUAAAAGUAAGUUUGAACA